AUGCGCGUUUUUGGGUGCCAAGCAUACAUCUUGACCCCGAAGGAGAAACGACUCAAGUGGGAUCCCAAGGCCCGGGCUGGAUUGUUUUUGGGCUACGAAGAAGUGUCCAAGGCGUAUCGAGUUUACGACAUCGAAGCGGGGCAGGUGAUGAUAAGUCGCGAUGUCAACUUCGAUGAGUCGGCCUUUGGACUGUCGAUGCUGAUUUCCGAUGACGAUGUUGAUGGCCUGGACUUCGAAUCGAUCGAUCUUGAUGAUGAAGAACCGCGUCCGAGACACUUCAAACAAACAGGAAAGCGCAAGGCCCAACCCAGUCACGACAAUGACGACGCAAGCAUGCCCCGAGCAGUGCGCCAACGACCCGGAUUGGAAGAGUCAAGUGCGCCGGAUGACCUCUCUUCACGUCGAGCCAACGAAGAUGAAGAAAGGAAGUCGGAGGAACAACAUGACACACCGACUUCCUCCGCGUUUUGGCAUGCGAGUGCAAACGCCGUUGAAGCAGCGGUCGAUUUUUCGGAGCCGUCGACAUUUGAAGAAGCAGUGUCUGGCCCGGACCAAUUACCCAACGGACAAAGCGCCAUCGGCACAAAGUGGGUCUUCAAGAUCAAGCGCAAGGCGGAUGGGUCGAUCGAGAAAUACAAGGCACGACUUGUGGCCAAGGGUUUUCGCCAAAAGUAUGGCAUCGACUACACGGAGACGUUCUCGCCCGUGGUCAAGUAUGUGACGCUGCGAAUGGUCAUCGCCAUUACCAAGCACUUUGGAUGGCCCCUCGACCAGCUCGAUGUGGUGACUGCGUUCCUGUAUGGAGUGAUGAAGGAGAAGGUGUUCUGCGCUGUUCCGGAAGGCGUCAAGAUGGAAGGUGAUUUCGACUGUCUCGAGCUGAUCAAGGCGAUCUACGGUCUCAAGCAAGCCUCGCGUGUUUGGAACGAGACCUUCGACGAGUUCAUACGCUCGAUUGGUUUUCAAGCGUCGGGAUUCGAUCCAUGUCUCUACAUCAUGACUUCGGAAGGCCAUUGUGUUUUUGUGCUGGUCUACGUGGACGAUGUCUUGGUGACUGGAAGCUCGCUCGAGAUGAUUGCGCGCACCAAGAACGACCUCAAGACACGCUUCGAGAUGACGGACAGCGGCAAGUGUGCCUUUGUUCUUGGGAUCGAGUUAUUGGACGGUGAAGAUGGCAGCGUGACUAUGUGUCAGCGCCGUUAUGUCGACGAUGUCCUCAAGCGCUUUGGAAUGGAUGAGUGCAAGGCUGUGGCAAGUCCGGUGGACGUCAGCUCUCGACUGGUUCCGAGCAACUCUGCAAGCAAGGUGGAUGUCCCAUUCCGUGAAGCAGUGGGUGCUUUGAUGCAUCUGACGACUGCAACGCGACCGGACAUCGCCUAUGCUGUAAGCUUUGUGUCACGGUUCAUGGAGAAACCCCAAGAAGAACACUGGGUUGCAGUCAAGCGCAUCUUCCGCUACCUACAAGGCACCAAGAUGCAUGGAAUCUGCUACAAGCCAAGUGCGAAGAUCGACUUUCGUGGCUAUUCAGAUGCAGACUGGGCCGGUGACCUUGCUGAUCGCAAAUCGACGUCCGGCUACGUCUUCAUGCUAUUGGGUGCUCCGGUGAGUUGGGGCAGCAAGAAACAGCCAAGUGUGUCACUGUCUACAAGCGAAGCGGAGUACAUCGCGCUCAGCCUGGCGAUCCAAGAAGGCAAGUGGAUCAAUCGCUUGCUGUGCGAGAUCAUGGCGGCUGCAAACGAAGAAGGACCCGAGCUCGUCAUCCGUGAAGACAACCAGUCGUGCAUCAAGAUGACGAAGAAUCCGGUCAACCACGGCCGCGCUAAACACAUCGACAUCAAGUACCAUCACAUCCGUGAUGAAGUCAAGCGCGGCGAAGUGAAGCUUGAAUACUGCGAGACGACGCUGAUGUUGGCGGACAUCAUGACGAAGGGACUUCACGGACCGCGUCACAAGGACUUGACGGCGGCGCUUGGCAUCCGUGCGUGUUCCGAUUGA